UUAAUUAAUUGUGAUGGCUCUCAAGUACCUUGCCUUGACCAUUGCCAUUUUGGCUGUGGUGACUCCAAUAAGCCAUGCAUAUAAUCCUAGUCCUUUGCAAGAUUUUUGUGUUGCUUUUAAUGACUCCAUGGCUGCUGUUUUCGUGAAUGGAAAGUUUUGCAAGGAUCCAAAGAAUGUCACUGCUGAUGACUUCUUUAGACCAAGUCUAAAUAUACCUGGAAGUAUUUCAAAUCUACUUGGAUCUGCUGUAACAGCGGUGAACGUCAAUAACUUACCUAGACUCAACACUCUGGGCAUGUCAUUAUCUCGUAUUGAUUACGCCCCAUAUGGUCUCAACCCACCUCAUACUCACCCCCAAGCAAUUGAGUUUCUUGUUGUCCUUGAGGGCACGCUCUAUGUUCGCUUUGUCCUUUCAAACCCAGGGCCAAAUAUGAAGAAUAAACUAUUUACCAAGAUUUUACAUCUUUGGAGAUGUGUUUAUUUUCGACUCAGAACUUAA